CCUUCAGUUUAUGUCAUGCCAUACCGCUAUGAAUCCACCAGCCUCACCAGCUGAGAGGCAGAAAAUAGCAAAAAAGUAAGUGUGGCGACUUUAUUGAGUUGACGGCAGCAGACGAUCGCAAUGAAUUACACUAACACACAUAAGGCUGAUUCACGCGUAUCAAUUUGCGGAUGAAAAUGCUAGCCGCUAGAGCCUAGAAAUAUCAACAGAGCCUUAUACUAGCCGGAACACGUUUACACCAAGCGACUGGGAAGUAUCGGCUGGACCGGAUGGUUGCCAGCAGUGAUUGCCGCUUGGCGGGAAGAGAAUGUAAACAAACAGAGCCAGGCUGCAGGCAGUUACCCACGAGUCACGAUGUCAGAGUCUUCCUCCAGUGACGAUGCUGUAGCGGUAACUACAUUUCUUUUGGCCUACCGGAAGUUUCGACGGAAAAGAAAAGAUCGAUGCAUACGUCCCUCGCCAAAUAAAAAAGAAAAAAAGACUGUCAAGUCUACUAUUUUACCUGAGCCGAGGUUGAAAGACACUGACAGCAUGAGACAGUGUAUACACCUCAACAGGGAGCAGUACCAUGAUCUGCUGCAGCUUAUGACUCCCCAUAUCAAGAAGGAAGAUACCCAUAUGAAGGAUGCAGUGACAGCUGAUGAACGCCUAACACUUACGCUGCGUUAUCUAACAACAGGAGAAACACAGUCAUCCUUGGCCCGCCAGUUCAGGCUCAGUCGCUCGUUGAUUUCAAAGAUCAUCCCAGAAGUGUGCCAUGCCAUACACUAUGUCUUGGGAGCUAAAUAUGUCAAGCUCCCCAGCAGUGAAGACGAGUGGCGACAAAUUGCUAGUGACUUCUUCACAGAGUGGAACUAUCCGAUGUGUAUUGGAGCACUUGGUGGAAAAUGUGUACUAAUUGCGAGAUCUCAAAACUCAGAUUCAGAAUACUAUGACUACAAAGGCCAUUUUAGUACCAUGAUGAUGGCACUUGUUGAUGCCAACUACAAUUUUAUGUAUGUUCAUGUUGGUGCUUGUGGUAAGGAAAGUGAUGGUGGAGUUUGGGAUCAUUGUAGCUUGAAAAAAGAACUUGAAAACAAUGACAUUAGGAUACCUCAACCAGAGAAUAUCCCCUUCACUGAUAGGCAGAGCCCAUAUGUAAUUUUAGGUGAUGAUGCUUUUCCUUCAAAGUCAUACCUAAUGAAACCUUAUGAAGGGUAUGAUCUAACACAUGAACAAAUAAUUUUCAAUUACCGUUUGUCCAGGGCAAAGAGGGUAUCAGAAAAUGCAUUUGGCAUACUAGCUGCUAGAUUUCAAAUUUUUAAUAAGCCCAUCAACACAUCUCCACAAAAUGUAAAGGACAUAGUACUUGCAACUGCAGCUCUGCACAAUUUCCUCAGACAUGACUCAGAAGACACUUAUUCCCCGAGUGAUCUGUUAGACAGAGAAGAUGUGAAUAACUGUAGGCUGCAACGAGGUCAGUGGCAUUAUUAUCCUCACAAUGCUUUGGAAGGAUUGCAAGCAGUGCCCAGAGGACUAAUGGAAACUGCUAAAAGUGUCCAAGAUACAUUUAAGGAUUACUUUAACAUGGAGGGAAAAGUGUCAUGGCAAGACGACAUGGCGUUAUUACAUGCACUGAUGGAAUAAUGUGUAUUGAAGUUCUAGGAAAUUGUAGUGCUAUAAUGAUUCAAUUGCCUAUUGAAAGGAUAUAUUUAAAGUAUUACUUAUCAAAAGAUUUACUCAAUACCUAGAAAGAAGUUUAAGGAAAAUAAAACUUCUUUUUUUUUUCUCUCUUUUUCUUUUCUUGAAACAAAUUUGAAGACAAUAAAAUAUGAAAAUCUG